AUAUAUUUUUAAAGUGGUGGAUCCCUAGGAGCGGUUUGAAAAUUUCUCUACAUGCACAAUGACAGUGGUUAAGAAAAAUGGUCGGUACCAGUUCUCGUAUCUUUGGAAGGCAUGUGACUGGCUUAUGGGAUUCAAAGAAUGUGUAGACAUCCGACGGAUUGUAGAAGAAACUUGGCUUAAGGUCACAAAUCGGGAUUAUACUUUUGAACGAAAGGCAAUAGGAAGUUUUGGGGACGGUAUAGAAUACAAAAGAAAUAACAUUGAUGAUUUCAUGAUAUUUAGAAACGCCAUCGUUUUGGCAGAAGAUGAUCAAUGGAAUCCUUCGACUGAAAAAGAGUCCGUGUUUCUUGCAGAAUACACGAGACUUGGAUAUUGUAUGUUAAAGUACAUAUCUGGUCCAGUUUUUUCGGGAGAUUUAUUUUAUGCGAACAGUGAACGCUAUGUAUAUUUAUCUAGCUCACUAUUUGUUACCAAAUGUCUGGAACUUUCGUCUAAAAGCUCGUCCUCUGAGGGGCCAGUCAUCGUGGCAGAAGAACAGAGAACUGUGUGUGCACUGCCGGUCAUCGGCUGGCCGCCUGGAGCCAGAGAAUGGAAAACUAGAGUCCGAAGUCGAUACUGGCCGACCCCUGAAACAAUUGAAAAGGUUAUCCAGGACGGCUGUCAAUGUGUACCAACUGGUCCCCGGUUCUCAGAUACAAAAAAUCACGAAUGGCAACUGUGUUUUUCAGUUGCCGAAUGCACCCUGGUCCAUUCGAUGGACCACGCAAUUUUCACACUUUACCAAAUUUUCAGAAUUCUUAUUCACGAACGUUUGAACAAUGUUGAAGGUUGUGAUGGUUUUAUAUCCUCAUACGUGAUUCGAACUCUGAUGUUUUGGGUGUGCGAGGACAAGCUUCCGAAUUUUGUCAGCGGAGGGAAUUUGAAAGAAUGCAUUCAAAUAUGUCUGUCACAGCUAGAAGAAUGGAUUCGAAAAGAGUUUGUACCCCAUUACUUCAUCCCAGAAAGAAAUCUCAUCGAACGGAAAAUGAGACCACUUCAAAAGGCCAUUAUUCUUGAACGCAUAUUAACACUCAGAAGCGAAAUUUUGACAGAAAUACUUAGUUGUCCGUCUUUCGAAGUAGUGAAAAACGAUGUCUGUGCAGAUCCCCCCAAACCCAUUGAUGAUCUAGAUCUAUCACCUGAUGAUCUGAAGGCGAGAUGCGACUUCGUCUUCUUUGAAAAGAUAGGUAAUUGGUACUUCAGUUACAUGAAUUGGUCUAGAACACAUCAUUUUAUGAAAAAUAUUGAAAAAGCUCUGGACUCGGAUACACUUAAUGAUAUUCAGCGAGAUAUUUUAAAACAGAUGUAUUAUAGGUUAGUGAAUGCAGCAGGGAAAAUAGCUUAUCGAGUUGUCCAGAAUUCCAGCACUAACAGAAGGAAAUACCUGAUGCUUUGUUUAUCAGAGGCCUAUUUGAGGAUAGGGUGCGCCAGUGAUGUGACCAGCGGAAGGUUGAGUCUUGCUUCCUUCUACUUCUGUACUGACGAAAUAAGAAGAUGCAUCAUGGUCACCAACCAAGCACUGCAGAACAUACUGCCUUUUACCGUGUACCUUCGGGAUUUUCGAUACGUUUCAAACAAUGAAGACCGCCGAAAGCUUUACCAAGAAGUGAUUUCUUCGGAUGAUCUUCCUCUGUCUUUGAAAAUGAAAAGAGGGUGUGUAGUUGACAUUGAAAUUAUAAGGUCUUCAUAUCUGUGGCCAAAGGCAAUAGAGCUUGAGAUGCAGAUUCAUGAUCCGCACACGAGAUUGAUCAAUGUACCAGCUUUGGUCUACCUACAUUUCUUAAGGUUUUUAAGUUUUGAGAUGUCAAAUAGCAUUGAAAUGAAAAUGGAGGCAUUAACAAAUCUUUCUGCUAUAGUUUACGACGAUGAACACAAUAACGGGUCUUUUCUGACAUACAAUAUCAUAGGCAUUUGUCAACAGAGAGCUGGGAACUACUCUGAGGCAAUGGAGAUGUUUUGCGAGAGCGUAAAGGCAACAAAGAGAUGUAAUUGGAUAAAUGAAAGUAGGAACCCAGGACUCUUACGAAUUGGCAUUUUGCUAAAUAAACUGUUUGGAGAACGGAGACAGGAAUUGGCGAUUUAAAAUAUAUUUUUUAAAAUUAAUGAAAUGGAUUUAACAGCAGGAAUCAAUGCCCAUGAUCGUUCUCUCCAUAGGACAG